UCGUCUCUUCCAUUUCAUCAAAAUCAAAUCAAAUCAAAUCAAUCCCUCUUCCUCUUCUCUCACUCAGCGUUUCAGAGCAGAGAAAAUCGAUUCGGCACCAGAAUCAAAGACUUUGAUUUCUUGUUGAUCGCCAUGACUGUGGAAGUUGUUAACGUUGAAGGUGCUCCAAUGCCGGCGGCGGCAGCGGCGGUGGAGGUUCCAGAAGAGCCGAAGAAGGUAGUUGAAGAAGCGAAGGAGAAGGUUGUGGAGGAGGCGACGGCCACCAUUGAAAAGAGCUCUUCUUACAAGGAAGAAAGCAACCAUCUCUCGGAUCUGAAGGAAUUCGAGCGAAAGGCCCUAAUCGAGUUCAAAUCCAGACUCGAAGAAGCCAUUCUCGGCAACAAUCUUAUCAAAAAGGACGAUUCUCCCCCAGAAAUCGAGAAAGAAACAGAGCAAAAACCAGAGCAGAACGAGGAGACGUCGCCUCCUCCACAACCUUCUCCAAAGCCAGCGGAAGAAGACGAAAAAACCCAGAAAACCGAUGAAACUUCCGAAGAAAAAAAUGAAAAUAAGAGCAAAAUGGACGCGGAAAUUUCUCUGUGGGGGGUGUCGCUGUUGCCAAACAGGGGAGUAGAGGGGACAGAUGUGAUUCUCUUGAAGUUCUUAAGAGCCAGAGAAUUCAAGGUAAACGAAGCAUUCGAAAUGCUUCAGAAAACCCUCUCAUGGCGGAAGAAAUCCCACAUCGAUUCGAUCCUGAAGGAGGAAUUCCCCACCGAUCUGAACUCGGCGGCGUGUAUGAGCGGCGUGGAUCGCGAAGGGCACCCAGUUUGCUACAACGUCUUCGGAGUUUUCGACGACGAAGAGCUCUAUCAGAAGACGUUCGGAACAGAGGAGAAACGAGAGCAGUUCUUGAGGUGGAGAUGCCAAGUUAUGGAGAAGGGGAUUCAGAAGCUCGAUCUGAAACCCGGCGGCGUCUCUUCGUUGCUUCAGAUCAACGAUCUCAAGAACUCGCCGGGGCCGGCGAAGAAGGAGCUGAGAAUCGCUACCAAACAAGCCGUGGGGAUUUUGCAGGACAAUUACCCUGAAUUGGUCGCCAAAAACAUAUUCAUCAAUGUUCCGUUCUGGUACUAUGCACUCAACGCUCUGCUCUCUCCAUUCUUAACCCAAAGAACCAAGAGCAAAUUCGUCAUCGCUCGUCCCGCCAAAGUAACCGAAACCCUUCUCCGGUACAUCCCGGCUGAGGAAAUCCCGGUCCAGUACGGCGGCUUCAAGAGAGAAAACGAGGAGGAGUUCACAGCCGAAGAUGGCGCCGUCUCGGAGCUCAACCUCAAGGCCGGAGCAACCGCCGCCAUCGAAAUCCCAGCACCUCAGGGGGAGAGUACCCUGAUCUGGGAUCUGAGCGUCGUUGGAUGGGAAGUGAAUUACAAGGAGGAAUUCGUGCCGUCGGAUGAAGGGUCGUACACCAUUAUUGUACAGAAGGGGAAGAAGAUGAGUGGAAGUGAAGAACCAGUGAGGAACAGCUUCAGGAACAGCGAAGCAGGGAAGAUUGUGCUGACAGUGGAGAAUGUUUCCAACAAAAGGAAGAGAGUUCUGUAUCGAUUCAAGACGAAGAAGAUGGAGUGAGUGAGAUUUUUUUGCUCUGUUUAUACAAAUUUAGUGAGGAAUUGGAGUGAAAAGAGAGUAUUCUUUUGCAGGAUAUUAUUGUUGUAAUUUGAGUUGUGUUGAAGUCUUUUUUUGGCUUACAGGAGUGAUCUGUGAUGUGAUGAUAUUCUUUGUUAUUGAUUCUUUGUUCUAAUGAAUAAUUUGGGAUGAGGGUUCAAAAUUAUGUUCUUGGUGUUGA